AUGAGGCUGAAUCCCCUCAAGUGCGCCUUCGCCAUGGAAGCCGGUAAGUUCUUGGGAUUUAUGAUAACUCAGAGAGGGGUAGAAGCUAACCCUGAGAAAUGCCAGGCAAUACUUCAGAUGAAGAGCCCAGGUUGCAUCAAGGACGUCCAGAGGUUGGCAGGGCGGUUGACCUCAUUAUCCCGGUUUCUCGGGGCUUCGGCAACAAAGGCCCUGCCAUUCUUCAACCUCAUGAAGAAAGGGAUGGCGUUCGAGUGGACGCCCGCAUGUGAAGAAGCCUUUCGGCACUUCAAGGAAAUCCUGGCGGCACCGCCCGUCCUCGGGAAGCCAAAGGACGGAGAACCACUGUACCUGUACCUCGCCAUAACAAGUGAAGCCCUGGCCGCAGUUCUAGUACGGGAGGACGGAAAAGCUCAACAACCAGUCUAUUUCAUAAGCAGGGCCUUACAAGGGGCAGAGUUAAGGUAUAGCAAGUUGGAAAAGCUAGCCUUAGCACUUCUAACUUCCUCACGAAGGUUAAAACAAUACUUCCAAAGCCACCAAGUUGUCGUCAGAACGGACCAAGGAAUCCGGCAAGCGAUGGCAGAUUUUCUAGUAGAAGUAACGGGAGAUCCAAGCGAAGAAGUGAGUACACGGUGGAAGCUCCAUGUGGACGGAGCCUCCAACCAGACCUUCGGAGGUGCCGGGAUCAUCCUGGAAAGCCCGGUUGGAGUUGUAUACGAACAGUCGGUCAGAUUCGAGUUUCCCAUCUCGAACAAUCAGGCAGAAUAUGAAGCCCUUAUAGGAGGCUUAACCCUAGCAGCAGAAGUCGGCGCAAGAAAACUAGAAAUAUGCAGUGAUUCCCAAGUCGUCACCUCCCAAGUAAACGGCAGCUACCAAGCCAAAGACCCCUUGCUACAGAAGUACUUGGAAAAGGUCAGAAGCUUGAGCCAAAAGUUCGAAGAGGUCACGGUCCACCACGUCCCUAGAGAGAGGAACACACGGGCAGACCUCCUAUCAAAGUUAGCUAGCACAAAGCCGGGAGAAGGGAACCGGUCUCUCAUCCAAGGCAUGACGAGAGAACCAGCAAUCACACUACACGUGACAAGCCUAGGUUCUUCAUGGCUAGACCCCAUCACCGACUUCCUAGAACACGGCAAACUCCCCAGUGAUGAAAAGGACGCGGCAAAAUUGAGAAGGGAAGCGGCCAAAUACGCCGUCAUCCAAGGACAAUUGUUCAGGAAAGGGCUCAACCAACCCCUACUGAAGUGCCUACACCCCGAUCAGACGGACUACGUCCUAAGGGAAGUCCAUGAGGGCUGCUGUGGGCACCACAUCGGAGGCAAGGCCCUAGCGAGGAAACUAAUCCGAGCCGGAUACUAUUGGCCGUCGAUGAUGGCAGACUCCAAAGAGUUCGUCAAAAAAUGCGUAAAGUGCCAACAGAACGCCAACUUUGCAAGGGCACCGGCCUCCGAGUUAAGCUUGCUGAUGACUUCUCGACCAUUCUCUCAAUGGGGAGUCGACCUCUUAGGGCCUUUCCCAGUCGGCCCGGGGCAAGUCAAAUACCUCAUUAUUGCAAUUGACUACUACACCAAAUGGAUAGAAGCCGAACCGCUAGCCAGCAUAUCCUCGUCUAAUUGCAGGAAGUUCAUGUGGAGGCAGGUGAUAACUCGAUUCGGGAUACCGGAAGUCGUCAUCUCGGACAACGGCACGCAAUUUACUGACAGGAAGUUCACGGAAUUCCUCAACGGCCUGGGCAUAAAGCAAAGGUUCUCCUCGGGUGCUUGGGCCGACGAGCUAGCAUCGGUCCUCUGGUCUUACCGAACAACCGAGCAGUCCUCCACCAAGAAAACUCCUUUCCGACUAACGUACGGGGUGGAUGCAGUAAUACCCGUAGAGAUCGGUGAACCGAGUCCGCGGUUGCUUUUGAAAGGAGUGGAGGAAACCGUGGAAAAGGACCUGAUAGAUGAAGCUCGGGCAACGGCCCAUUUGACAGAAACGGCGCUAAAACAAAGAAUGGCUCUGCGCUACAACACCAAAGUGCUCAAGAGGGAAUUCGAGCCAAACGACCUCGUCUUGAGGCGAAAUGAUAUCGGCCUGCCGACCCCCGGAGAGGGCAAGCUAGCGGCAAACUGGGAAGGCCCCUACAGAGUCAAAAAGGUGAUGGGAAAAUGA